UGUAAAGUGAGGUUAUGCACAUAGUUCAAAAUACAAUUUUUUUAAUUUGCUUGAUUAAAAAUGUAUAAAUUAGGAAUAUCCCUAUGCCGGCGAAAAUUAUAUCCAAAAAAUAUAUUGAAGAUAUUGCCUGAAAAUCCAAAUAGGAAGAUGUUGUUUCAAGUGACUGUACCCCUACAAAUAAGCAAUAUUCAGCAAGAAAAUAUAUUGAAUGCAAGAUUCAAGAGUAGAGUAUCAAAAUCAAAGAGCAAUAUACCAAUUGCUACAUCGGAAUCAGAAUCAGAAAGUGAAAAUAGUGAUAUUCUGGAUAACAUACCUGACAAACACACCAAAACUCUGAAGAUAAAUGUCUUGUCAUUGCGAAUGGAUGCAAUUUUGAAGGCAGGAUUGGGCAUUUCAAGGAAUAAAAUUGAAACUAUGUUUUAUGAAAGUAAAGUGAGGUUGAACGGUGAGAAGGUACCAAAAAAGAGUGCUCCUGUUGCAGAAGGAGAUGAAAUAGAUAUUAUAAAAGGGAUAAAUAUUUCAAACCCAAGUUUUCUUACAAUUGCUCGAUUAGAGGUGUUAUCAGUGAAAGCAAAAGAAGAUUCCAUAGGUAUUAAAAUGAGAAUAUGCAAAUCACUCACAGUUGAAAAUUAUCAAGGAAAAAACGCCUGGGAAAGUUGAAAUAAUUCUACUCAAAAACUGAAAUGGAAAAUAGUUGAGUGCUUGAAAAGAUUUUUUCUCAUCGAUAUGAAAGAAAAAAAUGAAACAAUAUAUAAGCAUAAAUGUGCCCUCACUUUUGAUAGUUAAUAAACGAAGUUGAAAUAUUUACAUA